AGUCCAGCUGUCCCAGGGGUGAACCCAACCCUCCCCUCGGGGAUAGGAUGGCAGGACAUGGAUCCUUUCCAUGGGCUCUUUGGGAUGUGAAUCCCUGGCAAUGACUCUAACCCACACCACCUGUUGGAAUUUCCCAGUAAAGAGAAGCAUAACUCUUCGAUGUGAUGUUUAUCAAAAGCAACAAUGAUUUGGUUGGAGUAGCCAAAUCUUACACUUUUGGGACAUUUCUGCUUUUAUUAGCAGAAUAUUGGGAGAAUUAUUUGGGAGUGGGUGACAUGACCAAGGUGCUCCUGGUAUUCAGGGAUGCUAUGCUUUGUGGGAUGCAGACAUUUAUAGCGUUAGUGUUGACACCUGUGCACGGUGUUACCCACCAGAAUAUUCAAUCCCGACAGACCACAUCCUACCAGUUUUCCAUAACUCCUCAGAGGGAUAUCAGCUCUGAGAACAGCACGACGGGGGAAGCGGGGAAAGCCGGGCUGGGCUGUUCUGCACCCCGAGAGCCGCAGAUUAUCGAAGAUUUUCUGCUGGUGGAAGAUGCACUUCUGCUGGAAGAGAUGGCUGAGGAGGAUGAGGAGCUCGACCUGUACAACGAGAUGACUUUUGGGAUAGACCGAGACUCCACAGAGGAGGAUGUCCCAAAACUCCUGGUGGUACCAGAGGUGGCCACUGGAAGAGCAGCUGAGCAGCUGGAGGAGCUGGCCGAGGAGGAAGGUGGGAUGGAGCCAGAGAUGGAGCAGGUUAGCUCUCAGUUGGAGGAAGAGGUAGAGGAGCUGGGGACUGAGGAACAGGAGGAAGAUCAGGAGUGCUUUGAGGAGCCCAGUGAACUGGGAGACCCAGCAGUGAUGAGAGCUGUGCGGAGCAAACCCACACUGGAGAGCCAGGACUCCGCAGUGCUGGACAGCGGGAUUGGGACUUGCUGGGAAGAGUUUGACAAGGAGGAUGUGCUGGCAAUGGAUCCCACGGCAUGGGGCUCCUGCCCUGGCAGUGUCCCACGCCACCUCAUGCUGGAGGAUAAAGCCAUCCUCCAGGUCCUGGAGAGACCUCCACCAUCUACUAACAUGGCUCUCGACUUCCUUGGCUCUCCUGUGCAGAGGAGCUAUGGGGGCUCUUCCCGCCUCAAGUGCCCUGACUUAAGACUGAUGUCCCCCAAGCCUUUCCCCCAGUGCUUUCUCCAGCAGGCACCCCUGAUAUCUCCUCGCUCUCCGUGCUCUCCUCAACCCUUCCCGCCAGCUUGCAGACCCCCUGCACUCUUCACUCCCAACCAGACAGCAGGGUAUGCGCCUCCGAGCCCUUUCCAGCCUGGGUCCCCCACCGUGGGCAGCCCACCACGGGCCCUGGGCAUGCACUUCAGGCCCGUGGCCUCUUCUUUGGACCCUGCUCUCUUCUUCAGCCCCUCAGCCACGGGCCAGCUGAACUUCAGCACACCCAGCCACAUGACCCAGCUGCACCCCCAGCACCAGCGCAUCCUGAUGCAGCGGCAGGGCAGGCAGGUGCAGAGUGUCUCCCCCAAGAAGCUGUGGUCUCGGAAAGUGGACCCUUAUGCUGGGCUGAUGACUUCCAAGGAGAAGGACUGGGUUGUCAAGGUGGAGAUGAUGCAGCUGCAGAGUGAGAAUAUAGACGAUGACUACUACUACCAGACCUACUACCACCGGCUGGAGCGCAAGCAGGAGGAGGAGGAGCUGCUGAGCAGGCGCAACAAGCCCCCCAAGCUGGUCACGCCGUUCAUCCAAAAAGUGGAGACCUAUGACUCUGUGGUGCGCAUCGCAGGGUCGCUGGGCCAGGUCACGGUGUCCACCUGCUACAGCCCUCGCCGGGCCAUUGAUGCUGUGCACCACUCCCUUGUGGAGGAGGAGGCUGCAGGGACCAACCGGCUGCGGGCGCUGCACAGGAUUGAGAAGCUCUUCCUGCAGCUGCUGGAAGUAGAGGAGGUGCAACAGAAAAUGUCCCUGGGGGAGCAACAGCCCCAGAAGCAGGAGCAGAAGAGCCAAAAAGUGGAGAGCAUCUACCAAGCCUUGAAAAUCAGGACUUGCAGCAGUGAAGAGGAGGCAGAAGAUGAAUUCCUGCAACUGCUGUGUGUGCGGAAGGGCAAGAAGCUCGUGGCCCGGCUGCUGCCCCACCUGAUUGUGGAGCAAAGGGAGAAGAUUCUGCUGGCAAUCACCUACCAUCUGCCCUUCCUCAUGAAGAAGGAUGUGCUGGAUGAGUCUCUCCCCCUGCUCUACAGCCCUUUGAAUGAGGUGGUGGGUGAGAUGACAUUCAGCAAACUCAUCGAGGUACUGCAGGAGCUCACCCGGCCUCUACCCGAGUCUUCGGAGCUCCCCCUCACCAUGGCCUUGAAGAACCAGUUUGGCAUCUCCUUGCUCUAUUCCCUCCUGAGCCACGGAGAGAGGCUGCUGUCCUCACAUGCGCCACUGAAGCCAUGCAGAGGGGACUUCGAGGCAUGGACGGACACGGUGUACCUGAUGUCCCAGGAGCUGUCACGCCUGCCUGCAGCCUCGCUGGCAGAGCCUCUCUUCUUGCCCAGCAACCUUGUCUUGCUCUUCUGCCGCUACCUGGACAAGCAGACUGUUUACCACCUGGCAACCAAGAUGGCUGAGUGCUCCCCGCUGCCCACGGAAGCUGACAUGCUCUGCUGAGCCCCGGGAGCUGGGGGUGGGGUCUGCAGCCGGUUGUGCCGGGAAUGGGCAGGGCCUCAUGCCGUGGCUUUGGAAGCGAUCGCUUACCCUGGUGCGGGGCACUCUGGGUGACACGGGCAGCGGCAGGGCUGGCGCCAAGGGGCCGAUGGCGCCCUGUCCCGGUGCCCGGGAGCACGGGGAUGGGUGGGUGUAACUUAUUUUGGCCUCCCCCCUGGCAGUGGUGGGUGCUGGGUCAUGGCAGGGGCCGAGGCAGGGCACAGGGGCGCUGGGAGCACCUGGCGGGGGGGAUUUUGUCUAGGGCACGUUCUGUACAGUGCUUGAAAUAAAAUAAAAAGGUGAUGAAUGAGCUCCUCUA